AGUGUGAAAGCGAUUGACAGUGACGAUGACGCUUUAAACCGAUCGAUUCAAAUUCACUGCGUGUUGGUUUUGAAGAAAAUGCCAACGCUUCACUAUGAACAAUUUGCUUCAGUUCGCAAAUUUCUCAUUCAGUGAAAAUGAAUGUGUUGUUUAGUGCAGGCAUUGUUCUAAUUUUAAUUAAUUCAGCAACUUGUCGGAAUGAUUCUGAGGGUGAUGCAUUAUAUGGUUUGCCGCCAAUCUUUCACAUCGAUGACUACGAAGAAUGUAAGAGAACAGGAAAAUUGUUUUGCCGACUGUCCAUUGUUCUCAAACCAAACGGAACGAAUGCAUCUACCCAUUGGAAAUUGAUUGAGGAAUCUAUCAAAAACAGAAGAACAUACAACCAUAACGAACUCUUUCACGCAAUAUGUGUAGACGAUUUUUGUCCAGGAAGCAAUUUAGACAGAAACAGCAAUUUCCAAGAAGAAAUGUCAAACUGUUAUAGUCAAAAGUAUGCCCGAAUGGGAUUGACGGCGACUAUAACUUACUUCAAUUGUUCCAAUCACGAUAAUGUUUAUAGAGCAAAAACCGGCGAUUACAUUUGGAUGAUAUUUAUCAUAUUAUACUUGAUGUAUGUAGGGUUUGCGUCAUACUGGGACUAUCAGAGAUGCUCACAGAAGACAAAAAUAUGCAAAGUAGCACAUAGCUUCG